AUGCCAUCCAGCAAAUUCCAACCUCUCCACCCGCGCAACUCGCUCCGCAGACUACGAACAGCGUUCCAAUCAUCGCCAUCAGCAUCAAAAUCACCGCUAUCAGCCGGCACAGCAACAUCAAAUGGUUCGCGAUUCUCGAGUCUAAGUUUCGGCAACAUGUCAAAUGUGUCGCUAGACAGCGCGUUGAACCCUCGAAGGGCGAUCAGAAGGAAGAAGAGCUCGCUUGAGGUUGAGCAAGAAGAGGAGCGCACUCUGGUUAGUCAAUCUUUGAUGUCGCUGGUGGAGCCACGGCCGAAUGUGGGGCCUGCUUGUGGUGGCAUUGAGGAGAUUCUUGGUGGGAGGGCGUAG